AUGGCUACGAACAUGCAUCGAACUAUUUCGCAAGUCACAAAGCAAUCCUUAAUACGAUCCUUUAAUACUACUUCCUCGAGACUAUCCCAAAACUAUUAUCUCGCCAAAGCACACAAUAGCAACGAUCUAUUGCGCCUUGGUUUUACAAAAUCUAAACAGCUUGUAGGUGCCUUGAGUUCACGAGGCACAAGAGAAAAGAAUGAAGACGAGUGGAGUGCAGUGACACUUGAACUUCCAGCAGGCAAGAAUUUGCGUACAAUGGACAGAACAUCCAAUAGAGCUUAUUUUGGAAUCUUUGAUGGGCAUGGUGGUCCAGCUGUUUCAGAGUGGUUAGCAAAUUCACUGCAUGAACGAAUUGAAACGGUUUCGUUGGAUGAUUUGCCCGAGCUUUUGAAAAGGCUUAGAGCGUUUGGUGGAUACUUUAAGCGAUUCAAGAUUCCGGGCAUUUUUAAAAAUCUUGUGGAUCAAGAAGGCCGCCGGCUUUCCGGAGUGACAGAUACUGACAUGAGUGUGGAGCAAAGAAUUAUGCUUGGAUUCUUGAUGUCUGAUGUGUAUUGUAUUGACAGUCUACUGAAAACUGAUGGUAAGCAGCAGGAACACGAGGGAUCCACCGGAAGUAUAGCCAUUGUAGAACCUCAUGAUGACAGGGCAUUUUGGGAAAGCCAACGUUACGAUAUCAUUGUGGGGCAUGUGGGUGACACUCGUAUUUUGGUUUGUGAAUCUUGCUCGGGUGAAGCAGUUGCCUUAACUACCGGAGACCACCAUCCUGGUAACCCACUUGAACAAGAGCGUCUGAGAAAGUUGGCUGGUUAUGUGACUACAGACUCGUGGGGUGAUGAUCGGAUACUUGGAUUACUGGCUACCAGUAGAGCGUUUGGAGAUUCCAAACUCAAGCGAUAUGGCGUGUCUUCUGAACCAGACAUUGUGCGCCACACAAUCGAUUCCAAAAAUCCGGCUGCAUUUAUGGUAUUAGUGACAGACGGAGUGACUUCGGUGAUGUCCGACCAAGAAGUUGUUGAUAUUGUUAAGCAAUACAAGGACCCUACUACAUCUGCUAAACACAUCGUGGACAUUUGCGACCAAUUCGGAAGCGAAGACAAUAUCACGGCCGUGGUUGUUCGGUUGAAGGAUUGGGGAGCCAGAAUGAACGAUUUGACUUUGGAUUUACGGAAGUAUCGCCUUGCAAACUCGCCCAUGAGUAGUAGACAAUCUUGGUAA